GCCAGAAACAGGCCGAUCCCGUAAUACCUCUGAGUUCUGCUUCCUCCGUUCGCUCUUAAGCCCGCUUAAGGAGGCUGAAGGCGGCUGCGUUCCCUCACAAAUCUCUUUUUCCAUCCUUCUAAAUAAACUACACUCGGUCUGUUAACCACACAAUGGGUGUGCAGUGGCAGUAAGGUGAACCUGAGAAGAGCCAUGCUCGCCACACAGACCGCUGACCCUGGCCCAGAAGCAAAAAAUGUCAAACAGUGGAUUAAGGAGAAGAUAGCGCAGACGCUGAAGGCCCUACAGAAGCGCUAUGUGACCAUAGACUCUCCGGUGACCAGCGACGACUCGGAGGCCAACCAGCUGUGUUGCGCUCUGGAGGCCGCCUUCAUCCACGGGCUGCGGAGCAAACACAUCCGCACGGAUGGUGCUGGGGCACGCGGGCGCAAAAGGGCCGCUCUGCCGCAGCCUGUGUUCUGGAGCCUGCUGAAGAGCGUCACUCACAGAGAUGUGGUUCUGGAGUUGGAGGGUUUGAGUUUCAUCAAUUCCGAUGUGGGUCGAUGUCGGGCCUGGGUCCGUCUGGCACUGAACGACGGGCUCAUGGAAUGCUACCUGACGUCACUCCUGCGCGAGGGCACCAAACUGAGCGUGUAUUACCAGCCUGGUGCGCUGCUCCUGGACCCUGAGGACCGCGAGGUUCUGCUCAGCCUGCUGCAGGGCCUCGCCUCUCUGGCCUUCACGCUCUCAUAUAAAUCAGCUGUGCUGAACGAAUGGACCACCACUCCGCUGGUUCUCGCUGGCCUGUGCCCACCAACACCUGCUGAUGACCUUCAGCUGCCCUCUAGGCGCAAGGAGUCCUGGGACAGAGUGUCGCAGUCAUCCGGCGGGUCUUCUGGUGGGUCCACAGGCUCAGAUGGGGGCCUUGAGGUGCUCCACAGGGGGCCGGGCAGGAGUGCCAAUGGGACCUGUGAGGUCCACACUCCACCCACAGACUCUGAUUUGAGCCUGGACACGGCAGGGUCAUCGCAGUUGUCCUCCAGCCUCGGCUCUGACGCUCCACUGCAGAUGCAAGACCACCGUGGCCUGGAGAGAGAGAACUGGAACUGCCAUACAGAGUUCGCUCAUGAUGACAAUAACAAGGCGACACUCAGAGAAGGAAGCAGCUCCUCCAGCCAAGAUCUGACGAAGGAAGACGUUCAUAUGCUCAGCUCCGCUCCAGACAGCAUGAUUGAGACCACCACCCAGAGCAGCAGUGAGGAAGACUCGCCCAGACCUUCCUCACCUAACAAACAGAAUCCAAACCAACUGCCUCCACCCUCAGCAGAUACUGUAUCCAACACUCUCUCAGCUGUUUCAGCAGAACAUCAUCAACAGAGAACGUCAUCAACAGAGGCUCGGUCUGAACCCAAGACUGCCAUUAUAACUGCAAGCCCAGCUGUCUCUAAGGCUUCUAUAAAACAGAAGCAGAGGCAGACGACAGACCCUCACACAAAACCCUCUCGUAUCUCUUCUCCUGCUGUGACCUCUGAGGUGACUUCUGACCUAAAGACCCCCAACCCUCCAGCUCCGCUGAGCUCUAAUGCCAUCAGGCCAAUGGGAAAUCCUGGUCACUGUCCUGUCCAGCGCAGUUGUAGUGUUCUGAGCAGAAAAACUUCUUCAGGCUCUCUCUUUAAAUCUCCAUCGUGGAUCUCAGAGGAGGACUUUCAUAAGCCUGACCUUUGUGGAAGUGGUGAUUCUGAAGGGCCUGACAGUCUAGAUGUCACCCAAAUGAAUGGGAAGAUUUCUCCUGUUUCUGAGCCAGCGUCACACCAGUCCCCACCCAGUGUGGUUCAUCGUAGACAGAUCGGCCUGUCUAACCCGUUCCGUGGCCUGCUGAAGCUGGGCCAGCUGGAGCGGCGGGGUGCCAUGGGCCUGUGGAGGGAUUACUACUGCGAGCUGUCUCCCUUUGAGCUGCGGCUCUACACCAACGCCGAGGACCGCAGCUGCUGCGAGAACUGCUUCCUACUGCGCUGUGAAGACGUGCGCCUGUCCUCCGGCACCGAAGGCCGCUUCCGCCUCAACUUUCCGGGCAAGAAGCUUGAGCUAAGGGCACCGUCACGUGGGGAAGCAGAGGACUGGGUGGACAGCAUCCUUGAGGCUGUCAAUAAAGCCCGGCCCGUGGCCCGUGACGAGCAGUGGGAAGUGCUCCAGCCGUCUCCCGACCGCGACCGGGAAGCCUCCACGCCCUCCUCCACACCCUCCAGUCCGGAGCGGGAACCCUCAGAACUACCAGAGAUAAACUGGAGCCGACAGGCCGACCCAGAGCCGGACGCAAUAAAGGAGGCUGUAGUGUGCCUGAGCCAAGAGGAUCGAGGCUGGAGCCUGCUGGUGCUCUCCCUCUCUCUGGAGGCGCUCAGGGGUUUCUCCGUGCAGGACGGCCGCAAGAUGCCCCUUUUCACCCAUCCCAUCGAGGCUGUGAGGGACGUGGUGCCGGAUGCAGCGCUGGGUGGCCCGGCCUUUUUCAAAGUACUGACGACACGAGAGACGCUGACGGUCAGGGCGAAGAGUGGGGAGGAGGCACAAGCCUGGAGGAGCCUCAUCAGAGGAGCGCUGAGCUCCUACCUGGAUACAGAGGAGGGGGCCGGAGAGGAAAUAGUGUCCCUGGGUGGAGGACAGGCAGAAAAUAUCCACCGGCUGGUCCAGCACAGGCUGAAAGAAGAUGGUGCUCUGCUUCCUCAUCUGACCACCGUUCCUAUGGAGAGAGGACUGGACGCACAGAACUUUAAAUGUGCAGGAUGUCCUAAGCAGAUCGGUGUGUCUCUGGGUCGAGCCAGGCUGUGUGAGUUCUCAGGUCUGUACUUCUGUGAAAGCUGUCACCAUGGCGACACCACCAUCAUCCCCUCCCGCAUGGUGCACAACUGGGACCUCACUGCACGUGAGAUCUCCAGACCGGCUCUGAAACUGUUGGCAAACAUUGAGCAGGAGCCUUUGUUGAAUCUCGACGUCUUAAACCCUGACCUGUUCGAUCACGCUGAAGCCAUGGCAACAGUCCGGCGCCUCAGGCAGAGGCUCCGCCUCCUCGGAGAUUACCUGCUCAUCUGCCGCAGCGGAAUCCGGAAGAAAGUCCAGGCCAGGCUGGAGCAACGUACAUACCUCAUGGAGUCGAGUCACUUGUACAGUGUGUUUGACUUAAGGCAGAUAGUGGAUGGCAAUUACGAGUCCUUCUUGCUGUCUCAGAUCCAGUUUGCGUCCAACCAUGUGCAUCAUUGUGACCUCUGCACCCAGCGAGGCUUCAUCUGCCAGAUAUGCAAUGGAAAUGACAUCAUCUUUCCUUUUCAGUUCGACACCACCUCCAGGUGUACAGCGUGUAAGACGGUGUUCCACUCCUCCUGUAAGGCCCAGAAUCAUUCCUGUCCUCGCUGUGAGCGUCUGCAGAGAUACCAGGAGAGAGAUCUGCUCGAGUAAGCCUUUGCAUCUCCACCUUCAUGCAAAGAUCGGCCCGACUGAGCAGCUGUUAGCCGAAGCUAGUGGAGGCCAUGAGGGACAUCCAGCUCCUGUGUCUUGGCCUGUUACGGCUUACGAGCUGCAGUCCUGAAGUCUAGUGUUAAUAUAUUUUUACGUGUGGCCUUAAGUGCACUUAUUUAUAUAUUUGUAUAUACUCUCAAUGUGCGUAUUGGUGAGCAGAUGGAGUGUAGAAGGACCAACUUGCACUAACUGAGACUAAUACAGUCUCUGUCCAUUGGCUUCUGUUCAUCUGUCAGACCUGACUGGACCUAUACUGGACUUUGCUUUACCUUCAUUAACAUAACAUGUAGAGAAUAUGCAAGCGGGGGUUUAGAGUCAUAUGCAUCUUGCCAAAGGCUCUUCAGCGGGUUCAUCUGCAGCAUCGGGAUCGGUGUCGCUCUUCAUGCUUGAGGAAACCCCCAUCGCGAUGUUUUGCCAAGGAUCCUAUGAUGCCCUGUUUUAUAGAUCUUUUUACACGUCUCUUUGUGUGUGAAAGAGACAGUUUUAGAGAUGUUUACAGACCAAACACUAGUCUCAAGCUUAAUGAAGGUGUAUUUGAAUACGGCAGUAACAGUAGCUCUGGACAUUUAUAGCUAUUUAUCAGCAGAAGAAAUAAUCUUUUAUGACUUCUCGUGCCUGUUUUUCUGUUUCUUCACACUGUACAGUUCUAGCUCUUUCUUUUUUUUCUAAUUCAGAUCUACAUUGUGCCAAAAAUCUAAUUAUAAGAAUGUUAAAUUAACUCUUUGUAUGUUGCCACGUAAUCACUGCUUUCAUAUUGUAGUUCUCGUUUCUUCUCACUGCAAACAAGAGUUAAAAUACAGUUGAGUGAAGGCUGAGACACUGAUAUUGUUGGUAUUUAUAAGAGUGGAAUAAGCUGGUCAGUCUGAAUGAGCCAUGUAGUCCAUAUGCAGUACAUACAUACAGUUAAAAGGCCUUAGCUUUCCAUGUAGUGCCGUAUUAAGGCCACACGGUGCCGUUUCAGAUUCAGUCUUGCUCUCAAAUGUGAUUCACACGUCAAGCGGAUGUUUACUGUUUAUAUACGUGUUCUGCACAAGCUGCUCUCAGAUCGACUUCCCCUUUGAAGCUGAAGCAACUUGUUUGUUAAGGUCGCUUGUUUUCCGCCGUCACUCUCAUGUGGGCUUAGUAAGUGGGGUAAAGUUGAAAGGUUGUUCUGAAUGUUUCAGUGAACUUUUAAAUGUCGUUUGGCGCACAAGAAUGUCUUUUUAGCAUUUAAAUAUUAAAUCGUUUUAUGAAUGACUUUUUUUUUUUCUUUUUCAGUUUUUAAACAUGACUUUCCCCCACUAGGGGGCAGCAUUGACUAAAAAAACUAAUCUGGUCCAAACACAGUGCAAUAAAGAAUUGCGUCUUGCACAGCUA